AUGUCGUCCGAAGUUUGCCAUGAAGAGCAAAGGGGGAGGGAGGCCAUUCCUAACCCCAACCCCUCCAAGAAGAACUCUCGAGGAGGGAAGGACAAGUCCGUGGACAUGAUCGCCUCCAUGGAAGCACGGGUGAUGCGCAACGAGGUGAAUGUUGCCGAAGUGAAGGAACACCUCGACGUCCUCGAUCAAAAGAUGGACGAUGUUGAAGGCAUGGUCGAAACCAUGGGAGAGUUUCGCCAACAUGUUGCCGACAAGCACCAAGCUUUUGAGGAGUUCCAAGCGGUGGUGUUGGACUCUCUCAGGACAUUACAAGCUCAAGUGGAAGAGCUCCGAUCGGGUCUAGAAGAAAGCAAGGGCGAUUGGGCGUUUUGUAAGAGGGCGGUGGCAAACGGGGUCGUCACCAAUGCCGCACCUCCCGCAAGGGUCGAAGUUCCAAGACCGCGGAAGUAUGGGGGAAAGCGGGAUGCCCAAGAGCUGGAGAACUUUCUAUGGUCCAUGGAGAGGUACUUCGAAGCUACCAAUGUCCAAAGUGAGCAAGAGAGGGUGAACAUUGCGACCGGGUAUCUUGAGGACCAUGCAAUAGCGUGGUGGCAACGAAAGCAUGCCGAGAUUAUGCAAGGCACAUGCAUCAUCAACACUUGGGAGCUACUCAAGUGUGAAAUCAAGAAGCAAUUCUAUCCGGGCAACGUGGCAUAUGAAGCACGGAAGAAGAUGCGAGAGCUUAAGCACACGGGGCCGAUUUCCAGGUAUGUGGAUGAGUUCUCUAAGCUUAUGCUUCAAGUUGAUAAUAUGAAUUCGGAAGAUUUGCUAUUUAAUUUUAUGGAGGGGCUCCAACCCUGGGCACAACGGGAGCUCCAAAGGCGUCAAGUAGCCAACAUCUCCUCAGCCCUUACCGAAGCCGACACCCUUGUUGAGUUCCGCAAGGGAGAGACAUCCAAGCCGAAGAAGGAUGGCAAGUCCGAUCACGGCAAAGGUGGGGGAGGAAAGGGAGACAAACCAUCCCACCGAGAAAAGGGAGAUAAGCCGCCGCACAAGAAAGAAUGGCGGAAGGAUGGCAAGAAGGAGUACAAGCGUCGUGAGAAUUGCUACCUUUGUGAUGGGGACCACUGGAUCCGUGACUGCCCCAAACGCAAGGCCUUCAAUGCCAUGUUCGAAGAGAAACAACCUGAGACAUCCGCAUCCGAGACAGCCAACAUGGGAUGCCUCCAACUUCUCAAUGCCUUGAAGGUAAAACCCGCACAACCGAAAGUUCAAGAUAAGUCCCUCAUGCAUGUCGAAGCCACCAUCAACGGGAAGAAAGUUCAAGCCUUAUUGGACACGGGUGCUUCCCACAACUUCAUCAAAGAUAGUGAGGCAAGACGGUUAGGCCUCAAGGUGGAGAAAUCAGAUGGAUGGCUCAAGACGGUGAAUGCUGAAGCUAAACCACUUGGGGGCGUGGCUCGGAACGUUGAGCUACAUCUUAGCACAUGGAGCGGCAAGGUAUCAUUUUCUGUUGCACCUUUAGAUGAUUUUAACCUUGUUCUUGGCAUGGAGUUUCUCAGGCAAUUCAAUGCGGUGCCCCUACCGCAAUACAAAUCAAUGUGCAUCCUGGAGGGAGUCCCGUGCAUGGUUCCAACCGUAAGCAAAGCCGCACCAAGCAACCAACUCUCCGCAAUGCAAAUUGAGAAGGGACUUAAGCGAAAAGAAGAGACCUUUAUCGCAAUGGUGCAUGAGUUGGAAGAUGAGAGAGGUGUGGACACUAUAGAGCCGGUACUGGGGGAAGUAUCCAGAGUCCUUAAAGAAUACAAGGACGUCAUGCCAUCCGAGUUGCCAAAAUGUCUACCACCUAGGAGGGAGGUGGACCAUAAGAUCGAGCUAGAGCCGGGAGCCAACCCACCCACCAAAGCUCCACACCGGAUGUCGCCACCAGAAUUAGAUGAGUUGCGGAGACAACUCAAAGAUCUCUUAGAGGCCGGAUUAAUCAAGCCUUCAAAAGCACCAUACGGAGCUCCGGUCCUCUUUCAAAAGAAGCAAGAUGGGUCGCUUCGCCUUUGCAUCGACUAUCGGGCACUUAACAAGGUAACCAUCAAAAACAAAUAUCCCAUUCCACUAAUUGCCGAUUUGUUUGAUCAACUUGGACAGGCCAAGUACUUUUCUAAGCUUGACUUGAGAUCGGGGUAUUACCAAGUGCGGAUUGCGGAGGGGGAUGAGCCGAAGACUGCAUGUGUGACGCGCUAUGGAGCCUUCGAGUUCAAAGUCAUGCCAUUCGGCCUCACCAAUGCCCCUGCCACAUUUUGCACGCUCAUGAACCACAUCUUCCAUCCAUAUCUUGAUCGGUUCGUGGUGGUUUAUCUCGACGACAUUGUGGUGUAUAGCAACACUCUUGAGGAGCAUGCCGAGCACCUGCGGACAGUUUUUCGAGUGUUGCAAGAAAACAAGUUGUAUGUCAAGCGGGAAAANAUAUUGGAUCGGCUCCACAAAGAAACCGGAUAUCCGGAUCCGAUCCGGUUUUGUCCAUAA